AUGGCAGCAAGUAGUAGACACAGCACUCUAAAUAAGUCAGAAGUUAUCGAAUAUUUAUUCAAUAUAGGUUCUGAUGAAUCUGAAUUUUCAGACAGCAACGAUGAUUAUAUACCAGAUCAAAAUGUAAGUGAUGACAGUGGUGAUUUUGAUCCUGAUUUACCAUCUACGAGUGGAUAUAGAAGCAGAUCAUGCGGCAGUACUCGAAGUAAUACUGCUAAAUGUCCACGAUUUAGUAGUGACGACAAAUGGAUUCCUACAAAUUUCAGAUGUCCUCAAGUGAACAGUUUUACAGGACCAUCAGGAAUACUAUGUAAUCUACAGAGUGAUGCUACACUGUUUGACUGUUUCAACAAUAAUCAAGCUUCAGGUGGUGAUGAUCGACUGCAUAAAUUACGCAGUGUUAUUGAUCGUUUAUGCUACAAGUUCAAAAAUGCAUAUCUCCCAGAGGAAAAUAUCUGUGUAGACGAAAGUCUUAUGCUAUGGAAAGGGAGAUUGGUAUUUAGACAAUACAUACUGAACAAGCGUGCUCAUUUUGGAGUGAAAAGCUUCGAAAUUUGUAAGUCACAAACAGGAUAUGUUUGGGACUUUAUAGUUUAUAUUGGAGCUACUACUGAAUAUGGAAAUUUUGAAGGUGGGAAAGGAGAGAAGGUUAUGCUAACCUUAUUAGAACUAUUGCUCGAUUUUCGUAUGUCUGUAAUCAGAGAAGUGAUAGAGAAGUAUCACACAAGCAGACGUCUAGCCCGCUGCGGUCGACCAUCACACAAAAAUCCAUUAGGUUUAUCCGAACGGCAUUUUCCUAGUCUCGUACCACCUACAGAGAAAAAAAAGCAUCCAUCCAGAAAUCCUUUUAUAGAACGCUUUGAUCAUCACUGUCCAUGGGUUGGAAAUUGUGUUGGGAGAAGAAAUUACAGAUAUUUCUAUAUGUUUAUCAUGUCUCUUGCUUUAUUGUGUGUUUUUAUGUUUGGAUCAGUUAUAACUCAUCUUGUUUUAGAAUCCAGAAAUAACACUUUCCUUGAUGCAGUAAAAGAAUCACCUGCUAGUGUUAUAGUUGGAGUUAUAUGCUUCUUUUCAGUCUGGUCAAUUUUAGGCUUGGCGGGCUUCCAUACUUACCUAACUAUUUCUAAUCAAACCACCAAUGAAGAUAUUAAAGGUUCCUUUUCAUCAAAUCAUGGACAAGAUGUAUUUAAUCCAUAUAGUCAGGAUUCAAUUUUUAAAAACUGUACAGUGGUUCUAUGUUCGCCUAAUCCACCAAGUCUAAUAGAUCGAAGAGGAAUAGUUGUACCAGAAAAUCAUAAUUCUGUUAGAGGAAAUUAUGGUUCUGUUAAAAUUUCUCAUCCAAAAAUUUCUAAGCAUCAUAAUGGAAUGUCUACUAAUACGAUGCCUGUUGUGGAUCAAAAAUUGACUCAUCCAAAUCCAAGUAGUGUCUACACAGCAAAAAGUACGGCUUCAAUUACUGUGAAUGGUGGUUAUCAUAAUAUAAUUAGAGACAGUUCAUAUCAAAAUCCACUUUCACCAGGAACAAUACAGACCGCUGCUUCGGGGACAGAUGCUACCGUGCAGUACGAAAUAACAGCUGACACCUCUUUAAGCAGUAAAUCUAGUGCUAAUGCUUCUACUCCAUGUCUCUUGACCAUACCUCCAGAAAAGACUGACCAAAAUGAUUUUCCUGAUACAGGUAGUCAAAUAUCUUUAUUAAAACAGAGUGCAGUUUGAUUCAUUCUUAUGCAGUCAUUGACAAUGGGUAAAAUUUGUCUGAAUGUUUUUGAGUAAACCAUUCCAAUUUUAAAAGAAAAUGCUUUUUCUCUAUUUAAAACUUUAUUAUAUUUGAUUACUUUACUAAUUAUUAUUUUUUAUUUUAUUUUUAGUUUUUAAUGUAUUA